ACCGUGUGUUUGCAUUGUGUCAGAACUGCCGGCGAGCUUUAAAAUAUUUCCAAUCCUUCCAACCACGGCAAUGUCAGGCAGGUCCGUACGAGCCGAGACUCGAAGCAGGGCGAAAGAUGACAUCAAGCGGGUUAUGGCCGCGAUUGAGAAAGUACGGAAAUGGGAGAAGAAAUGGGUGACAGUUGGAGAGACAUCCCUGAGGAUCUUCAAGUGGGUUCCAGUGACUGAGCCCAAAACAGCAGAUGAAAAGAAGAAGGGGAAGGAUGAGAAGUAUGGGUCAGAAUUGACCACACCAGAGAACAGCUCUUCUCCUGGGAUGAUGGACAUGAAUGACGACAACAGUAACCAGAGUUCUAUCGCUGAAUCCUCCCCCGUCAGGAAACAGGAAACCAGCACUAGCCCAGCCCCCGAACCCACCACCGUAUCCCAUGGCGACAACAGUGAGGCCAAUAGCGACCAGAGCCCUGACUGCAAGAGGGUGAAGAGCAACCCAUCAGAGAGAGGACAGAGGGAUAAGAGAGACAGCAGCCAGACUUCCUCGGGAGAAAAGGACACCUCAGACAGCCGCAAAGCCACUCUGGAUCCGGAGGAAGAGGCUCCUCGCAGUAAGAAGAACAAGCAGGAGUCUCCAUCUCAGGACUACGAGGAGAAAUAGUCAUACUGCAUCCUUUCUUCUCUCUAUCCUCUUCCUCCCCCACGUAGCCCCUAACACUCCUCUGAGCAGAGGGAGAAAGGACUUUACCUCCCUUCACUGAGCCCCUCUUCUCUUCUUCCACACUCACUAAUGCCAAGAGUAGCUCUGUGAUCCAGCCUGUUAUCCCCUCCAUGAUCAGGAGUUGCGCAGUGUGCUCAGCUCAGCCCAGGAGAGAAAAACACUACAGCGUCUCAAAAUGGACAAACUGCUAUUGACGCUUUUUCUCAUUUUUUUAAGCAAAGGUCUUUUAAGGGAGUAUGUAAGCACACUCGUUCAGUUUGGCUAGCCGAGUUCGGCUAAGCACCAGCCGAACUGAAGCAUGCCAGUGGUGGGCCGUCAGGGCCAGCAAGGCCUUCUCUGCUGGCCUAAACACCAUCAGAAUAAUUUUUAAAAAUAUAUAUUUUCCCACAUAUGUAUUAAAUUAUUCCCCAGAGUAAGAGUUACACUCUUCAUUUCAUAGCAUUCCUCUUGGUUGCACUGCUUCCAGCCCCAGGUUUAGAUUUGGAGGGCUGGUCUUUAUGUUAGAUAUUUUAUCCAAUCAUAUUCAGCCAUCAUGUGUUGCCAGGGGUCUAAAAUCUGCCCUCAGGCCUUCAGAAUCAACAGUGCGGGCGCUUGUAGCUUAAAGUGAAUGGAAAUUAAAAUUUAGUGUCAACCAAUCAGCUUCAGAGUUGGCUAUUGUACGCCUGCUGGCUGGCUCCAGUGUUACACAGGAGCCAGCUAGCAGGCGUAGUGCCUGCACGUCUUUUGAUUGGAUUGCCAAUAUUGAGAGGCAGGUCCUAUAUGGGCAGGUCUCAGAACUAGGAAACUGAAAUGGAUCAACGAAUUACUACUAAGCUGUUUUUUCAACCCACAAUGGCGGAAGGAGAAGAUAUCGAUUUGGUCGAGGAUAUAAUUAUAACGCCAUUCUCAAGACAAACUUUUCAAGAAAAGUUAGACAUUGUCAGGAGAGGUAGACGCCGACGCUACAAAGCCGACGCUACAAAGACAGGCUCCGAGAAGCACUGCAAACUGUACUGCUGGGAAUGCCUAUUAUUUGCAAGUGAUCGAUUUGGUGUUUGGAGCCACACUGGCUUUGCAAACCUGAGUUGUCUAACCAAGGCACCGACGAGACACCAAAGUACGGCUGGGCACUUACAAACAAUGGUGCUUUUGAAAACUUUUGGGGACACCCGAGUGGAUCUACAGCUCAACGAACAAGCGCGCAGGGCAACGAAGCUGCACAAUGAAAAGGUAUUGUACUCUUCCCCUGCAAUUCUCUGAAUAAAAAUGUCAAUUUCAAGGUGACGCAACGCCUGGUUAUACUGC